AGUGAUGGGUAAAUCUUUGAUUUCAGGGGGUAGCCCCAAAAAAGUCCGGAUUUGGACCACCCUAACGGACAAGACACCAAAAGGAGAAAGUGGUAAGCCGCAGCCACGUUUAACGAUUCCUAACCUGCUCAAUGUUCUGGAUGGUCGCAGUCGAUCAAGGUCGGCGCAAAAGGAGAAACCUAACCCCAAAAACUAACAACAACUAACCCCAAAAAGAAAGAACAACUAACCCUUAACCCAUCAUGAACUACACGUGCAUUAUCGCCAGUAUCAAUCUAAACGCAAUUCAGACCAGGCUUAAACUCUCACUUUUUCACGACUUUGUAAAGAACAGUAACGCAGAUAUUAUUUUUGGUCAGGAAGUAGCUUUCAACAAUUUUUCAUUCAUUUUCACUCACCAUGCGAUAGUUAACGUAUGCAGAAAUCAAGGCACGGCUAUUUUGAUUCGUAAAGGUUUUGAUUACGAUGAUAUCAUCUGUGACCCAAACAGUAGAAUUGUUUCCGUACUGGUUAAUGGGAUUAAUUAUAUUAAUGUUUAUGGGCACGCUGGAUUCAUGCUAAAAAAAGAACGGGAAACUCUUUUCGCUGAAAAUAUUGCCAUUCACCUUAAUAAGGCAGCUGCUCGAGCGCACGUGCUGGGUGGGGAUUUUAAUUGCAUAUUGGAUCCGACUGACACCAAAGGAAAUACCAAAAAAAAUUGUAAUAGUUUGAAAGUACUGACGUCAAAAAUGGCCCUCAAGGAUGUAGACAAAGCUUUAAAAAACCAAGCAGUGCAGUACACCUUUUUGAGAGGUGAUUCAGCAUCUCGUAUUGAUAGAUUUUAUGCUUCACAAGAUAUUUUAAAAUCUGUUUUGAAUUUUGAGACCUGGCCUGUGGUCUUCUCAGAUCAUAGGGCGAUUUUGAUGAAAAUUUCCAUUCAAAAGUCAGACUUGGAGACAUCAUUUGGAAGAUAAACACAGCUUUUAUUAAUGACGAUGAAUGUGAAAAUGAGUUUUGUUUUACGUACGAAGCUCUACAACAACGGCAAUCGUAUGAAAAUAAUUUUAUGAACUGGUGGACGACCCAUUUUAAAUCCAAGGUUAAAAAUUUCUUCAAGAUGAAAAGUAUUGAAUUCAAUCGGAACAUAGCCAUGCGCAAAUCUGAAUUAUACAAAACGUUGAUUGAAUUAUCCUCUAGACAAAAUGAUAAUGAAGAUGUUAGCAGGGAAAUGGGCUUAACUAAAUCAUUAAUUUUUAAAAUAGAAUCUGAAAAAUUAAAAUAUUAUGAAUCAAAACUUUCCUCAAACAGUAUCCUCACCAACGAAAGGACGAACAUUUACCAGAUUAUUGCCAGGCAUAAAUUCAACCAAAGUAGUAGAAUUGAGAAGCUUAUAGAUGGGUGUAAUGAAAUUGUCGGCACGGAGAAUAUUAAAAAGUUUUUAUUCAACCAUUUUUCUGAAAAUUUCAAAAAGCACGACUUUUUAGAACCCAGUUGCAGAUCAUUGAAUUAUAUUAAAAAAAGACUAAAUCAGGACGACUCGAACUAGAUAAUUGAACCUAUUUCCGAAGAAGAGUUAAAGAAGGUAGUAAGGAAUUGUACAAAGAAGAAAACCCCGGGUCCUGACGGUAUUUGCUAUGAAUUUUACGUUAAGCAUUUUGACUUAAUGAAAAAUGAUAUGAUUAAGUUAUUUAACGACUUGCUGUGUGGUAAUGUUGUAAUUCCUUCUUCUUUUUGCGAAGGAGUAAUAACCGAGGGGGACGUCACUUCCGCGCUAACCGAGCGAUAAAGCUUCCUUUUCAAACCUUUGCAGCGUUCACUUUCACCUUUCCGCUUUAACUUGCUUUAACACGCGUUAACCGCGAUAACUUGCUUUUUGGCUUACUUUUUCUUGCGUUCUCGCAUCACACUGCUCGAUUUUUUUGACAGCGAGAACUGUCAAGAGCAAAUGACAGUUCUCGUUGUCAAAUUAGUCGAGCAGUUUGUUUUGCUAAAUUUUUCUCCGUCACCGGACGGAUGGUGGUCAAAAAAACGGUGGCGCCCUAAAAGGAGGAAGCAAGAUUCGGCUUAAAAGAAUGCAACUUCCGGACGGAACAUUAAUGGAAACGAGCGUGUUCCGGGGCCGGUGUUGGGUGCGAAGAGCCUGCCAACGGAGCUGUACGACGAUGAACCUGCGGAGAGCAAAACCGGUGGAGACAGAUCAGCCGUCGGAACCGUUUCCUGCGCUUGCGAAGGGUUCGAGACGGAUCGGUCUUUCGUCUAUUUCGUGGUGGGGACAGCCUUUUCAGUGCGGGAGUUUGCAAAAAGGAUUGGCCAGGAACGGCCGCGAAGUGUACGCCGGGAAUCGAAAGGCCGCGCUACUGGUGGCGAGCAGUCUGAAGGAACAGAGGAGUACAGUGGUGGCAACCUGGAAGUGGCCAUUGUUAUCCUUGAGCUGGCUGGUGAAAAUCAGGGCGAAGCGGUCGAACAUCUGUUGUAGUGUUAAUCGGAGCCGGCCGGAAUCUCUCAGAGCUAAAGCCGCCGACCAAACCGAGCAGCGCGACCUGCUACAUGGUGACGGCAUGAUUGAGAGACUGGCCGUGGACAACUAUAACGAUGCGUAGGGACGCGUUGCCCAGCUCGGAGGACAGCGUCGACUGCAGCCGGCACAGGCUCCAGUUGUUCCGGAGACCAUCGCAGUUGCGUCCAACAGAGGUGGUGGAUCCCACUUGAGCCUCUUGGUAAAGAACUCGGCCACACUGUUAAACAUGCCGGAAGCGGCCGACAAGGAGUAAAACGAAGAUCUACCUGUACAACCUGACAUGCUGAUGAAGACGUGUGGGUGCUCAUAUUUAGCCCAGAUGCUAGUUAUAUAUGUCCGAACAACCCCUGGAAAUAUCAGGUAGAUUCUGCAUAAAUAAAUCUUAAGCUCUAAAGUAAAAUAAACAGUUUCAACAGAAAAAACAGGAUUUUAUUCAAUUAAGUGUACAAAA